AUGUUAUUCUACAUUUCAAAUUUUUUUCUUCUGGUUUCAUUAUGUUGCUCCGUAUCUCAAUCACAAGUACAAAAACAUGAUCCAGAUUGUGAUUAUAAUAUAACACAGUUAAUUCAGAGUAAAGGUUAUCCAUGUGAAGAACAUAAAGUAAUUACAAAUGAUGGUUAUAUUCUUGGUUAUCCAUGUGAAGAACAUAAAGUAGUUACAAAAGAUGGCUAUAUUCUUGGGGUUUUUCGUAUUCCACAUGGGCGAAGUUCAGCAUCAGCAGCAGCAGCAGUAGGUCGACCUGUUCUUCUACAACACGGUCUUCUUGAUUCAGCUACAACAUGGGUGAUGAAUUUUCCAGAUCAAAGCCUUGGUUAUAUUCUUGCUGAUGCUGGUUAUGACGUUUGGCUUGGUAAUAUGCGUGGAAAUUAUUAUUCACGUGCUCAUGUUAAAUACAAUCCUGAUCAUGAUGAAGAAUUUUGGGAUUUUAGUUGGGAUGAGAUGGCAAAAGAUGAUCUUCCAUCAAUGAUUUAUUACAUAUUGAAUGUAACAAAAUAUACACAAAUUGGUUAUGUUGGUCAUUCACAAGGUACAAUGAUUGCUUUUGCAGAAUUCGGUCGUCCUGAUAGCGUUGUUCGGAAUAAUGUUAGUUUCUAUGGUUCAUUAGCUCCAGUUGCUCAUCUAGGACAUAUAGAAUCUCCAAUCAGAUAUCUAUCAUCUGCAACUAUAGUAAAAGACAUAGAACUUUAUUGGCAUUUAUUAUUUGGUCGUAAUGAAUUUCUUCCAUCAUCUUAUAUAACAAAAUGGCUCGGAACAUUUGCAUGUGGAGAAGUUAUAAUUGAUCGAACUGUUUGUGAAAAUAUUUUCUUUAUUCUUUUUGGACCGGAAAAGAAAAAUUUAAAUGAAACACGAAUUCCAGUCUAUGCAUCACAUGAACCCGACGGAACAUCUGUGAAGAAUAUGAUUCAUUUUGCACAAGGAGUGCAGUCAAAUACAUUCCAAGCGUAUGAUUAUGGAUCACCGGAAAAAAAUCAACAGCAUUACAAUCAAACAACACCACCACAAUAUUCUAUUGAUUCAAUGAAAGUACCUACAGCAAUCUUUUCAGGUGGUAAAGAUUGGCUUGCUGAUCCAUCAGAUGUUAGUUAUAUUUUAGACAAUAUUCAAAGUCUUGUUUAUAAAAAAUAUAUUCCGGAUUAUAAUCACGUAGACUUUAUUUGGGCCUUAACAGCAAAUAAACUUGUUUACGCUGACUUACUUAAUAUAAUGAAAAAAUAUCAUCCACCUAAUUAA